AUGACGUACGUCGCUCAAAGAAAGGCAGAAGAAAAAGAAAAACCGUUAUGCUAUAGUACGUACUGUAAACUGUUUAGGGAAACAGGUUCUAAAAUUAAAAACCAAAGCAUAGAUACAUGUAAAACAUGUGCCAGGCUCACAAAUGAAUUAAAAUGUACAUCUACUGAGAAAGAAUGGAACGAAAAAGCUCUGGAAAAAGAGAAACACUUGGAAUUGACAGAAAAAGCUUAUAACCUAACGAAAGUCGACAAAGAAAGAGCAAGUCAUUCUCAAAAUGAGCGUAUACUGGUUUUUGUCUUACAGCAAAAUCUUCCAACUCUUUCGUUAACAACUGGCGAAGUCUACUACAAAAGACAGUUGUAG